CGUUUGCCUAUUGACCCCUGAAGCGAUACAGGAUCUGUACAGAGAUCUAUUCUGAGGGGCGGAUACUGCUUCUCCAUUACAUUUAUUUGCUCUGCUGACACUUUUUGUUCAAAGGUAAUUAUCGUUUUUACCACUUUACAUCCAUCUAGAAGUAAUCCACUUAGGAACCUCGCUGAUAUGCGCAGCAACAGGUCCUGACGUCACAUCUAGCGUGGCUAAGCAAACAGCUGACCGCUUAUGCCCUUAACCAAUACGAACUCUAUUUAUUAUGUAUAGGAGUGUAAGAAUAAUACGUGUGAAAUCAAGGAGCUGAAUAUAGGGGGAGAGGUUACAGGAGUGGGGUUAAUAGUGGAUUGAGUUACUGCAUCAGUUAUAUUUUAACGCGACCUCAUGUAUUGAACAUCCCAGGUAUGAAUUAGGGCCUCGUCGGCAACCUGGUUCAGUUAGUUAUUCGCUUUUUUUGCGUUUCUCAAAGAUGUUUCUUUGAAUAGUCAUAGAUCCUACGAGAGAGCUUCAAGUAACAAUAUAUAAGAAGUAUUUUGAAGUAGUUAAAUGUCAAACCAGAAUCCGAUGGAUUUGACUCACUACACGUAGUAAAUAUAGGCAUUUACCAUGGGACCAAUCCAACCAGCCAAGUUCUAAUUGAAUUAGCGCUAAAGGCUUCCUAAUUACCGACAGAGGGAGCAGAGGGACCGGGGAGGGACGCUGGUGGGUGUCACUAUGGAGCCUGAUCUUCCUGCCCGCUCUCAUUCACCGUCCGCUGAACAGCAGCGCUCCCCUGUAUUAUGUGCGUCCAUCGCAGCCCCGCGACUCCCAUUCAUCACCAUCUUCCUCCGUGUUCACGAGAGCCGACAUGCGCGCAGCUUACAAAGGUGACCGUCGCUUCACUGUUCGCGGUGCCUGAGAGUAGAAAGCUACGAUCGCUAAGAAGAGCGACGGUAUUUCCAGCUCGCAGCAACUGAGAAACGGCGAGAGCCUAGCGACGAGCCGGGGGCAGACGGAUAAUCAAGGACCUCUUCACCGCUUCUGGCUGCCGUGAAGGGGCAAGCUGUGGGUCAUGCGGGGUAAGGGGGUCCCGGAGCGUAGCAGCCGGAAUGACUCAGGGUCCCCCCACGGUGGUCCUGCUCCUGUUCCUGCUCUGGGGAAGCGCUCUGGCCAAAAUUCAUCUCUGGCCCUCCGCGUACGUUGCUCUGAGCAAUGAGAGUGUUUUCUUAGAUUUUACCUGCAAUCACAACGCAACCACAGAUCGGACUAUGACCUUGUCUCUGGUGGACAUGGAUACAAACCUCACCGUGGCCUCGCAGACUUUGAGCGGCAGCCAGCAAAAGGGAGCCCUCGAGCUAAGUUGCACUUUUUUCCGCUAUGCUGGAAGUUUUAGGUUCAAAUUAAAUGGCGAUGGCAUCUGUGACGGAGACAACGCCACCCAGUGGUGGAGCCAGGUACUGCACAUCCAAUGGCCUACUUUCCAUAUUUCUGUGGAGAGGACCAGCAACCAGACCUCAAGUUCAUUCCAGAUCAGCAUCUCUACAAAUGAGCACUUCCAGCCUUGUUUUAACUUCAGCACUUCAUCGCUUUAUUUGGAGAUCACGUACCUGGAGUACAACCAAAUAAGAAGGAAUAGCAUUGAUAAGGUCCAGGCCCGGAUCCAGCGAGACGUUAAGGUCACAAGAUCACAGCGGGUUGAACUGGAGUGUGUCUUUCCCUUUACUGAGAGGGACUACAUCACAGUAGCUCUAAAGUCCCGUGUCUCCCAGCGAGACAUCAUGAUGUCAGGGCCCCUCUACCUGUCACGCAUCUUCUCCUACGCGUUACUGGUGGACAAUGCGCAUGUGGCCGGGUGCGAGGGCGCGGUGGCCGUGCGACUCCUGCCCCCGCCCUGCGCCUUCACCGGUGGGAAAGUGGUCCUCUCCCGGGACGGAGGCCAGGAGGCCGCCCACAGGUGGCUCACCCAGGGUGAGAAUGAAACCGAGUUCAACUGCUCAGCCUUUGACCCGGGAAGACAUAGAUACUGCUUUGAUUUCGUCCUCAACUUCAGUUCUCGGAGUCUGGCGCAGACAUGCAUCGUUGUGCAGCGGAAUGCAGACACAUGGGGACCGUGGCAGGCGUGGAGUCGCUGCAGCGUGAGCUGCGGGGAGGGCACGCGGGAGCGCUUUCGCGAGUGUCUGCUGCCUCCUGCUGGUGGGUCUGGGUGCAGCAAGCUGGUGAGGGAGCAGUCUCACUGCUCCUUGGAGGACUGUGCAAUGCCCGCCCCUUCCGUGUCGUCCCCCCCUCCCGUCGACACUUCACUGGGGAGCAACCUGGUAGCUGUGGUGGGCAUCUCCCUGUGCCUGGUGGUGAUCGUGGUGACGGUGCUGGUGACCGUGUGGCGGAAGGCGUGCCACGCCCCCAAGUGCACCUCAGUGCGGCGCGGCUCUCUGCACUCGCCCGGCGGCCGCAAAAACUCGGACGAGGCCUCCAUCUGCGGCCACAGCCUGCAACGGCCCAGCUUCUCGGAGAGCCUGCAGGCCACGCCGGGUUGCCAGCCGCCACAGACCCUCCCCCAGCCCCUCCAGGAUAAAGAGAGGGUGUCCCCGACUGGUCAGAAGAUUGUCCCGCCCAUUUUUGGGUACCGGCUGGCUCAACAGCAGCUGAAGGAGAUGAAGAAGAAGGGUCUGAGAGAGGCCACUCAAGUCUACCACGUGUCCCAGAGCCCCAUCGACGACACCAUGCUAGAGACCACCGCUUCCACCUCUGCUCCCUUGACUCCAGUGUUCCCAGACUCAGACAGCCAAGAGGAGGCCAACCUCGGCCAAUUUCGCAUCAAAUCCCCUUUCUCAGAGCAGCCCAAAGUGGGCAAAAGUUCAUCGGCCACCCUCCCGGACCGGCUCAGCCCAAAAGGGGACCCAGCGUCUCGGGCCUGGCGGAACGAGCGUGUGGCGGAUUGGGUGGAGAUGGUGGAGCGCAUGGGAGCUGGUCACCCGAGGAACGCCAGUUUCAAGAGGACGUCCAGCUUCCAUGACGCCAAACCCCAGCAGCUGCUGCGGCCCUUCAGGGAGAGGAGCAUGACCCAGGUGACCCCACGGCAAGCCAGGGAGGCCAGCAGCAGGGCCGGGACGUGGGAUCCAUAUCGUAACCCCGAGCGGGAUGACUGGGGUCGCCCCAGACCCAGCCCGACUGAAGGCAUGGCGGAUGACAGGUGUCGGGGGUGGUCAGACAGGGCUACCGGUCACCAGGAACUGAGCCGUGUAGCCAUACCGGCAGCUGGGCCUGGAGCAGAGAUCGCUGGUAAAUUAGACCGGCAAGAAUCCGAGAGAGUGGAGAGGGCUGAGCUGAACUGGAGCAGGAGGGGCCCCUCGCCCAUCCAGAGGAACAUCCUGGCCCGCAAGCUGAAGGAAGCCAACUCCUUAGCCGCAUGCCAGCGGCAGCGUGUCGCUUCCGGCUGCCAGACCGACCUCCGGCGGGACAAGUGCCAGAGCCUGCCGGCAGCCUCCAGCCACGCCGGCUUCCACCGAUCCCACUACGGCCUGACGGAGUCCGAGCAGCGCAUGAUGGACCUGUCUGGCUACCUGGGGGAGGAGGACGCUGUGGAGGUGGUGGAGAUCCACAGACUUACGCUAUCCAUGAACAGCAAGGGCCGGACCUUCAUGGAGGUGUGGCGGAGGGAGUUCCAGAGCCCCCGCCACGUUCCUGAGCUGCCACGCCCCGAUGAGGAGGCUGCUCUGCAGGCUGCCGAUGCUGCUCCUGAGCUCCAGCAGCUCCCGACGGCAUUCUUCCUCUGGCUUAAAAAAAAAACCGCUACGUCUGCAGGGCAGCCGAGGAAUUACUCUGGAGAAGAGUUACAAAAAUACCUCUGUCAACCUUUGAACCUCAUUCUCCCGUCCUCCAUCAGAGUCACAAGACAAAGCCGACUGAAGUACGGGGACAACACUAGUAGGAAAGUUGUAUCGUACACAUUUGGAAAUGAACAGGCGGUAAUCGAACAAGCUGGGAAAAACACAUACAAAGCGAAAAAACAGCGACCAGAGCAAUCUACUCCCCUCCACUGGUUUCUCUUUCUUGUGCAAAUGUCGUCAGUGCUGUUCAACCCCGGGGCAGGCCCCAAAGUUAAUGGAGUUGACAGCAAUGGGAAAGAAGAGGCCAGUGUUAGUAUUGAUGACGGAAAGGAGGAAAGCGAUGAUCCUGAUACAAUGCACCAUCAUAUCCGAAAGAAGAUUGCUCCAUUUGUGAUGUCUUUUGGCUUCCGGGUGUUUGGGUUGGUGCUCAUCCUGGUGGACAUCACCCUGGUCAUCGUAGACCUCGCAAUGACGGAACGCUUGUCCCACGUGCAUGACACUCUAGAGGCGGUGUCUCUGGCCAUCUCGCUCUUCUUCCUGGUGGAUGUGAUACUUCGAGUCUAUGUGGAAGGGUUCAAAGUGUACUUCAGCUCCAAGUUAAACAUUGCAGAUGCCUGUAUUGUGGUCGUCACCCUCAUCAUCACCAUGGUCUACAGCUUCAGUGAUCUGUCUGGGGCCAAACUCAUUCCCAGGGUGGUAAGCUUCUUCAGGGCCUUGAGGAUCAUCAUCUUGGUUCGCAUCUUCAGACUGGCCUCCCAGAAGAAGGAGCUGGAGAAGGUCACCAGGAGAAUGGUGUCAGAAAACAAAAGACGCUACCAGAAGGAUGGGUUUGAUCUGGACCUGACUUAUGUCACAGACCGCAUCAUUGCCAUGUCAUUCCCGUCGUCGGGGAAACAGUCUUUCUACAGGAACCCCAUCAGAGAGGUGGCAAGAUUCUUGGAUACCAAACAUGAGGAUCAUUAUAAAGUGUAUAAUCUCUGUAGCGAGAAGGGCUACGACCCCCAGUUCUUCCAUUACAGAGUGGAGCGAGUGUUUAUCGACGACCACAAUGUUCCCUCUCUGGAGGCCAUGCUGAAGUACACAGCCAGCGUGAGAGAGUGGAUGGCCGCCGAUCCCAGGAACAUUAUCGCCAUCCACUGUAAAGGAGGAAAGGGACGUACUGGGACUAUGAUCUGCACUUGGCUGAUUGACAGUGACCAGUUUGAAAGUGCUCAGGACAGUUUAGAUUAUUUUGGAGAGAGGAGGACAGACCAAAGCAAGAGCUCUAAGUUUCAGGGAGUGGAGACGCCAUCACAGAGCAGGUAUGUGGGAUACUAUGAGAUUAUGAAAAAUAAAUACAACCGGCAGCUGCCCCCAGAGAAGAGUCUGAAAAUAAAGAGCAUUCGGAUUCAUUCUAUAGCAGGUGUGGGCAGAGGAAACGGCACUGAUCUGAAGGUGAAGAUCAUAGUGCGGAAGGAGACCGUGUUUCAGUGUGCCUGCGAUAAGCAGGAUAAAUGCACGCUGUUCCCUGAUGCUGGAAAUAAUGCAGUGGUGGUCAGUUUACAAGAUGGACCGGUCGUGAGUGGGGAUGUCAAGGUCAUGUUUGAAUCCAGUGCAGGUCUUCCUAAAGGGUAUGAGAACUGUCCCUUUUAUUUCUGGUUUAAUACCUCGUUUGUGGAACAAAACAGGUUGUAUUUGUCCAGGGAGGAACUGGACAAUCCACACAAACCGAAGACCUGGGACAUCUACAAGGAGGACUUUGGUAUAACUUUGUCCUUCAGUGAUGUGUGAGCACAUUGUUGCAGGUGCCAUUUCUGGGAAUUCUAAAA